CACCAUUAAAAUUCAAAACUCAACUUUCUACAACCUCAAUAAAGAAGAACUCAUAUCAUCAUUUUCAUUCUCUCUCUCUAUACUCCAACUUUCUUUAACAAUGGAAGGAUCGAUAAUGAAGAUGGUUACAUGUAUAAUGAUGAUGAGUAUAGUAAUAAUGGGUGUUAGAGGAGAUAUGGCUGAAAAAUGUACUACUGCUAUUGGGAAACUUGGGAGUUGUUUGGGUUAUGCGACCGGAAAAGCAGAUUCAGCGACCAAAGAUUGUUGUAGUUCGGUCUCCGGAAUAAAAGAGAGUGAUCCGGCGUGUUUGUGUUUUAUCAUUCAACAAGCUCAUAAUGGAAGCGCCGCCAUUAAGAGCGCUGGUAUAUUAGAAGGACGUCUUCUUCUUUUACCUUCAACUUGUCAUCUCAACAAUGCAAGCAUCACAAAUUGCCCUAAGCUUCUAAAUCUACUGCCGGACUCGCCAGAUGCGAAAAUAUUCACAGACCCUCCAUCAACAAAUGGGACUACAACUACUCCGACCACGCCUAUUCGGUCGAGCGAUAAAGGCUCCGGCAGUCGGAUAAUGAAUUCUGCUCCAUAUUUUCAGGGAUUGAUGAUGGUAGUUGUUGUGGCUGUUCUUCCUUUUACAACGGAAAUGUUUUCGUUUUAAUGUGUUAGUAGUCUCUUCUAUUAUAUGUUUGGUUCUUUUCGGUUUUUAUUGACAUUUUCCAUUUAGAAAUUAUCCCCCAUGACUUCUUUCAAUGUUCUGUUAGUACCCUAUUUUGUAUCAGUUUCGUUUUAAUUUAUAAAACUUUAAUUUA